AUGCAGUCGGCGACGCAUAUCAACGAUCUUCCCAACGACGUCCUCGCUAAGAUACUAUGGCACUGCGAGGAGAACACAUCUUGGCUUUCCGACAGUGACGCGUUAUGGUCUCGCCAUCUAUUGUGGCCGAAGCCACAGUACCUUCGCUCAAUCCCGAUCGACGAAGAUUCCAGCCCCGAGGAAGAGACGACUCUAAUUCCAACUCCCUCCGCCGUUCCAAGCGCUGCCAAGAUCGCCCUCCUCUCCUCCGUGUGCCGUCGUUGGCGCGCUCUAGCGAAGCGAGACGUCUCCACCCUCCUCGUGGAACGAAAUCGCGUCAUUUCCCUCCAAGAACUCUCGCACGCCGUCGCUCGCUUCCCGAACCUCACCCACCUCCAUCUGUGCGACGGCAGCGUUGAAACCCUAGACGACAACUUCCUAUCUCACCUCGCAUCGUCAUGUCCCAACCUGAGAAUCCUCCACGUAGGAAGCGAAAUCACGCACGAUCCGGGCUACGCCGGAUGGAAGCAUCAGCACCCGAUCACCGAAGCGGGCCUGGAUCGGUUCUUCAAGCAAUGCUCUCAGCUGGAGCAGCUUUCACUCCUCUGCCUCCAUUUGGACGUGGAGCUACCGCCUUCUUUCUUCCACCUAACACGCCUACACACCCUCGCCUUAACAACCGCCUCCGCCUUAGAAGAUCCAGAUCUGGAAAGCCUCACCGCUCUCACCACUCUCCAUAUCGCCUCCGUGGAGUUGAGCAUUGAGCAGCUCUCGAAUGUGCGUCGCCUUCCCAGCAUUACCACCCUCUCCGUCUCUACCCGGACGAGCUUUUAUCCUGACGACCCAGGCUCGGCUGAGUUCACCAUCGCACAGUUACCAUUAAUAAAGUCGGCGCUGAUCACCAGCCAAAUGUUGCUUCCGAGCUGGCCGUGCACGACCCUGGAACAGCUGGAGUUAUCAGGUUGCCGAGAAUUGGAGCGACUUCCGGACGACAUUGCAGAGCUGCUGCCGCGUCUUCGUGAGCUCACCAUUUGCAGCUGCGAGCUCUUGCAGGAGCUUCCCGAGGGUUUCACUUCCCUGAACCGCCUCGAGUCCCUGUCAAUCUACAGUUGCCUCGAGUUUCGCUGCCUGCCCGAAAACGUUGGGAGAUUAUCUGCCCUGAAAACUCUGGUUCUGGAGAAGCUGCCGCUGUCAAGCCUCCCUGACUCCCUCUGCCAGCUCAGCGCCUUGGAGACCUUCUUUCUGCUCUGGUGCGAGCCGAUCCACGAGCUGCCAGCAGGGUUCGGCUGCCUCACAGCUCUCAAGACCCUUUGCCUCGGGCGAGUGGCGCUUCCAGUAGACAUAGGACGGCUGUGUAACCUCCAGACGCUUCUUGUGAGAGAGAGCUCUCAUCAGCGCCAUCUCCCGUCCUCCUUAACCGAGAUCUCCUCGCUGACAAGGCUGGAGCUGGAGCUGUGCCACGUGGAAGCGCUUCCAGAGGGCGUGGGAGAGCUGAGCAACCUGCGGGAGCUGCACGUCUCCUGCUGCUCGCAUCUCACGGCCCUUCCAGCGUCGGUGACGUGCCUGACUCGCCUCGAAACUCUCACACUCUCCGGCUGCAGAGAGCUCGCCUUCGUGCCCACUGGGUUGGACGGCCUUACAAGGCUCAAGCAGCUGGUGGUGACUUGGUGUGACGCGCUGAAGCACCCUCCUCAGGUCCUGCCGGCCUCGCUUGAAGUGCUCAGCUGGGGAAGCUUCAGUCAUGCCAUGGCUCUGCCCGAUCUCUCCAGGCUGACGGGGCUUCGGACACUUUGCCUGAACAGGGUGUCUGUGGCGUGUGGGAAAGCUGUGAGCAGAAGCCUGUCUCAUCUGGAGCAUUUAAGGCUCACGUUGGCAAACGAUGCCGAGGAGCUUCCCUUCGCUCUGACGUUUCUUUCUCGGCUGCGCACCCUGAUUGUUCAGGGCGCGGGACACGUCCAAAGGCUGCCGCCCGAUAUGGGGACGGUGUUGCCGCAGCUGCGGAAGCUGAAGCUUUGCGCGGACGAGUUGAGGGAGCUGCCAGCGAGUGUCACAGCUCUUGAGAACCUCACGAGCUUGGAGGUUCACUAUGCGUCCCAACUGGCCUCUCUCCCAGAUGGCAUCGGUGCCUUGUGUCGGCUUCGGCAGCUGCAACUCCUUUUCUGCGAGCAGCUUGAGCAGCUGCCUGCCUCUCUCACCUGCCUUACCUGCCUGAACGAGCUGGCAAUUCCGCACAGCUCCAUCCGCUCCCUGUGUCCCAACUUUGCGCGGCUUACGCGACUCAAAUCCCUGUGCUUGUCGGGCUGUGCGAAGCUGCAGGCGCUGCCAGGGGAGAUGAGUGAGCUGAAGGCGCUGCGGAGGCUGGAUUUGCACGAGUCUCAUCACUUUCAACCCCUCCUAAUCCUCUCCUCCCCUCCUUCACUCCCCUUCCCCCUUCUCCCCUCGUCCACCCCCCUCCACCUCUGA